GUGAUGGCAGGGGUGGGAGAGGAAGCUCAGUGUGGUAAUUUCUCGGAUGAUGGUACUAACCUAGAAGAGGAUAGCCCACUUACUGGGCUCUUGGGCACCAUCCUGACAAUCAUGUGCCUUUUUGGGAUGACAGGGAAUGUCUACACACUAGUGGUGAUAUCCAGAGGUGUGUCUGGCCGCUCAGCUGGUUCCCUGUGUGUCUAUGUGGUCAACCUGGCCCUGGCUGACCUACUCUACCUCUCCACCAUCCCCUUUGUGGUAUGCACAUACUUUGCCCAGGACUGGUUCUUUGGGGAUGUGGGCUGCAGACUCUUGCUCAGCCUAGACCUCCUCACCAUGCAUGCCAGCAUCUUCCUGCUGACAGCCAUGAGCCUGGAGAGGUACUGGGCAGUGACCAGGCCACUGAGGGCCAGGCAGGCCGGGAACAGCUGCCGCAAACUCACCAGCCUGGGCCUCUGGCUCCUCUCGCUGCUGCUGACUGUGCCUAUGAUGGUCAUGAUCCAACUGCGGGACAGCAGCAGCCACAACAAGCGGAUCUGCUUCCCCACCUGGACGCCCGAGGCCUUCCGCAUUUAUUUCAUGGUGCUCUUCACCACCAGCAUUCUAGCUCCUGGCUUGAUCCUAAGCUUCCUGUACGGCCGCCUUGCCAGAGCCUACUGGACCUCAGUGGCGGCCAUGCAGCCAUGGGUCACACACCUGGCCUUGAAGCAGAAGCUGUUCUCCAGGAUCUUCAGCAUCAUCGCAGCCUACUGGGUCUGCUUUGUACCCUUCUGGGCCUGGCAGCUCGCUAAGCUGUACUGGAGUGAGGGCCUGGGGCUCAGCCCUACCACCCAGGCAUACCUCAACUUUGGAGUGACCUGCCUGACCUACGGCAACAGCUGCAUCAACCCGUUCCUCUACACUCUGCUCACCUGGAACUACCGCGAGCACCUGGCCUAUAGCAGGGAGAGGCAGGCAGGGGAGCAGGUCCUCGACCUGAUGGAGAAGCAGGGUAGUGUCCAAGCAGAAGGCAUGCCCAUGACCUCCAAGGCACUACUAGGCAGGGGGCUUGGGAAAGGAAGGCAGGGAGGAACCUCUGGCAAUUAA